CCUUUUCUAACUUCAAAAUUUUGGAGCUGACACUCACAGAACUUCGUUGUAACCGCGAUUUCUUGACUGCUGAGAAUGGAGGUGGACGAGAGAUCUGAGGACGGGUGUAUGACGCCGAGGCACAGUCAAUAUCAGAUUCCUGCAAUCUCAGUUUGUCCGCCGCCGCCGAAGAAAAAAUCGGCAAGCAGAAGAUUGCAGGACCCGCCGAAGAACGGGUAUUUCCAACCGCCCGAUCUCGAUUCCCUGUUCGCUGCUAUAUUUGCCUCUUAGAGCAAGGGAAGCCUGUGCCCGUGCAAAGCGUCAUGUUUUGCAUUAGCUUGUGUUGACUCAAGAUGAAAAUAGAACUGUAUUGUGAGGUAGAGAGAGCAUUUGAUUACUUUGUAUAUUUGUACUAGUUUUGGUAGGAUGAAAAACGAAUUGCUUGCUUGCGUAGAUGAAUUAUCCGCAAAAAUAUAACCAGUAAUUCUAUAUA